AUGUAUAAAACGGAUGAGCCCUUUAAAAAGAGAUGGGCGUCGAUCCUAAAUAAGUGCUCCUUUGAUUUAAUGCUGCUGUUGAUUGAACGCAUAGCUCAGGAGAAGGCAGAGGUAGACAAGGGAAUUGAGGACUUAAAGACACAGUUAAAAUCUGACUACUCAGAAGAGGACUUUAAGAAAAAAUUAGAUGAGACUAACAGACUUAUUAGAGACUGUGAAAUAAGAUUGAAAGACUUGAAGAUGAGGAAACUCAAUCGGGAUAAACAGGACUAUUCCAAUGGGAAUAUUUACAAUUGGAAGGAGCAAGCCCCUAAGAAAAGGGUUACUUGGGCACCAACGACAUCUGGGGGGCUGGAAUUCGAUACUACAGACCCCUCAGACACAGAGUUAUCGGGAGAAGAGGGGAGCCGCAACCUCAGGAAUCGCAUUGAGACCUUUGAGAAACUGGUUCUAGAAGAGGUAGGGAAGUUAGAGACAGAGGAGCGUCAUAUCCGACAUAAUAUGACCAACCGAGAAAGAACAGCGAUAUGGGACUUACAGAAGGAUGUCAACAUUAUUAUUAAGCCAGCCGACAAAGGGGGGGGUAUUGUAGUCUUAAACAGCACAGACUAUAGGCAAGAGGUUUUAAGACAAUUAGAGGACUGUGAAUUCUAUCGCCCCAUAGAUGGCGAUCCAACACGGGAAAUUACAAAGGUUAUCAAAAUAGUGCUUGAUAAUGCCUUGUGUAGUGAUUUCAUUGAUCAGUCAUUACAUCGAGCACUGUUGAAUUUAGAUCCGAGAGUCCCAGUCUUCUAUUGCUUACCAAAAAUUCAUAAAUCGUUACAAUCCCCCCCUGGAAGACCAAUAAUAUCAGCCUGCAAUUCGGUCCUAGAGCCGUUAGCUAUCUAUAUUGACCGCUUGUUACAACCGGCUGUUAAAGGUGUAAAAUCCUUCAUUCAGGACACCACGGAUUUUAUCCAACUAAUAGAAAAUAUGGAUGUCCCAGAGGGAGUACAGUUACUUACUAUGGACGUUCAGUCCCUUUAUACGUCCAUCCCCCAUCAAGAUGCUCGGAUAGUAAUUGAGAAGGUUUUUGACUCCCGUCCUGAGAGGUCACCUCCUACCAGCUUCCUCCUAGACCUGUUAGACCUUAUAAUGGAAAGGAAUUAUUUCAGGUUCGAAUCCCAAUUUUUUUAUCAAAUUAAGGGAGUCGCUAUGGGGUGCCCGGCGGCUCCCAGCAUUGCGGUUCUGUAUAUGGCGGAUUUAGAGGAACGGUUUAUUUAUAAUCCAAUAUCUAACCCCUUUCAUGAGGAUUUAAUUUGCUUUAGGAGAUUUAUUGAUGACAUUUUUUGCAUAAUUAGACAUAAGGACCAGGUAGAGGGAUUCAUGAACUGGAUCAAUGGGAUCGAUCCUAACAUCAAAUUCACAUAUCAAAGCAGUUCAGAACAUCUCUCCUUUUUAGAUGUGAUUGUGUUUAAACGAGCAGUGGGAUCACUUGGGGUCAAGCCUUAUAGAAAACCCACAGAUAGAGCAGCUUACCUGGAAUAUACAUCUCACCACCGAUCAGCUCUAAAGAAAAAUAUACCAGUGGGACAAUUCCUCCGUAUUAAAAGGAAUGCUACGGUCCGACAAGACUUCCAGAAAGAGGCAGUACGAAUGGGGGCAGCCUUUAUGGCACGUAAUUACCCCAGCUGGACUGUAAAUCGGGCCAUGAAAAGAGCCGAGUCAACACCCCGAUCCCACCUACUCACUUAUAGACCUCGAGAUCGGGACUCAGAUGGGAUUACCUGGGCCAUUGAUUUCACUCCUAUGUCAGGAGCGAUCACUCGGACCAUCAGGAAAUACUGGAAUAUACUUAAAAACUUACCUGGAUGUGACAAACCACCUCAGAUUGGCUACCGGAGAACCAAGAGCCUGCGGGACAUGUUGGUGCACUCCGACUUCAGGAGAGGAACCGAAAAAAACGAUCUUCCAUUAGGACAUUUCCCCUGUGGUCAUUGCAGUGUAUGCAGAUUCUGCAUAGACUUAAAACAGAUCUGCCAUCCACUCACCGGUAACGACAAUAGCGAAACCCUUCCUGAGUCUAUCCCGUCUGCUCCUGGGACACUGCCCCAUUUUAUGCAAGAGCCAGAUGAUGCGUACAUUAUUAAAAGUAAUCCCAUCGUGUUGCGCUGCAAAGCUGUGCCUGCAAUGCAAAUCUUUUUCAAGUGUAAUGGGGAAUGGGUCCAUCAGAAUGAGCAUGUCUCAGAAGAGAGCAUGGAUGAAAGUACAGGCUUGAAAGUUCGGGAGGCAUACAUCAAUGUGACAAGGCAGCAAGUGGAGGAUUUUCAUGGGCCAGAAGACUACUGGUGUCAGUGUGUUGCAUGGAGUCACCUAGGGACUUCAAAGAGCAGGAAGGCUUCGGUCCGCAUAGCCUAUUUACGGAAAAACUUUGAACAAGACCCCCAGGGAAAGGAGGUGCCUAUUGAAGGGAUGAUAGUACUACACUGUCGGCCACCAGAGGGAGUACCAGCAGCUGAGGUGGAAUGGCUUAAGAAUGAGGAACCGAUUGACUCUGAGCAGGAUGAGAACAUUGACACCCGAGCAGAUCACAACCUGAUCAUCCGUCAAGCCCGCUUGUCUGAUUCCGGGAACUAUACCUGCAUGGCAGCCAACAUAGUUGCCAAAAGAAGAAGCAUGUCAGCCACAGUUGUGGUGUACGUGAAUGGAGGCUGGUCUUCGUGGACAGAGUGGUCAAACUGCAAUGUACGAUGUGGAAGAGGGUGGCAGAAGAGGUCACGGACCUGUACAAACCCUGCCCCUCUCAAUGGAGGCGCCUUCUGCGAGGGAAUGUCUGUGCAGAAAAUUACCUGCACUUCGCUUUGUCCUGUGGAUGGUGGCUGGGAGGUAUGGAGUGAGUGGUCUGUCUGCAGCCCAGAAUGCGAGCACUUGAGGAUCCGUGAAUGCACAGCUCCACCACCAAGAAAUGGUGGGAAAUUCUGUGAAGGUCCAAGCCAAGAAUCAGAAAACUGUACUGAAGGCCUCUGCAUACAAGAUAAAAAGCCUCUUCAUGAAAUAAAACCCCCAAACAUUGAGAAUGCCACAGACAUUGCCUUGUAUUCAGGCUUGGGAGCUGCAGUCAUUGCCGUGGCCGUCAUCGUAGUCUCCGUGACUCUCUACAGACGGAGCCAGAGUGAAUACGGUGUGGAUGUGAUCGACUCAUCUGCCCUGACAGGAGGCUUCCAGACAUUCAAUUUUAAAACUGUCCGACAAGGUAACUCCUUGCUUUUGAACUCAUCCAUGCAGCCUGACCUGACAGUGAGUAGAACCUACAGUGGACCCAUUUGCCUUCAAGACCCCAUCGACAAGGAGCUGAUGACAGAAUCAUCCCUUUUCAACCCUCUGACUGAUAUUAAGGUCAAAGUUCAGAGUUCAUUUAUGGUUUCGUUGGGUGUGACUGAGCGAUCGGAAUACCGUGGCAAAACACAUUCCGGAACAUUUCCACAUGAUGGUAACAGAACCUUCAAUACGUUGCAUACAAAGAACAAAGCUGCAUAUAUCCAGAAUCUCUCAUCGCUCUCCAAAAGAAGUGAAAUGAGGGCUACUGGUGUAUUUGGCCACCUGGGAGGACGUUUAGGAAUCCCCAAUACAGGAGUUAGCCUGCUGAUUCCACAUGGAGCUAUCCCUGAAGAAACAUCUUGGGAGAUCUACCUUUCUAUCAACCAUGGCGAGUCCAGCCUACAGCCAGAAGGCAGUGAAGUCCUCCUUGGUCCUGAAGUAACUUGUGGCCCUCCAGAAGUGACAGUCUCCACUCCAUUCGCCUUGACAAUACCACACUGUGCAGAAGUGAACUCUGAACACUGGAAUGUCCACUUAAGAAAGAAAAAGCAACAAGGGAAGUGGGAGGAAGUGAUGUCUGUGGAAGAGGAAACCACGUCCUGCUAUUGCUUGUUGGACCCAUAUGCCUGCCACAUUCUCUUAGACUCUUUUGGAACUUAUGCUCUCAUUGGGGAGCCUCUCUCAGAAUGUUCCAUUAAAGAACUGAAAGUGGCAGUCUUUGGCUGUAUGUCUUGCAAUUCACUGGAUUACAGCCUGAGAGUAUACUGCAUAGAUAACACUCCCUGUGCAUUUCAGGAAGUAGUUUCAGAUGAAAGGCACCAUGGUGGGCAGUUGCUGGAAGAACCAAAGCUGUUGCAUUUCAAAGGGAAUACCUUCAGUCUUCAGAUCUCUGUCCUUGAUAUCCCCCCUUUCCUCUGGAGAAUCAAACCAUUCACAGCAUGUCAGGAAGUUCCUUUUUCUCGUGUGUGGUGCAGCAACCAGCAGCCACUCCACUGUGCCUUUUCCCUGGAGCGCUACACUCCUGCCACGACGCAGCUCUCAUGCAAAAUCUGUGUCAGACAAGUCAAGGGCCAUGAGCAAAUCUUGCAGAUCCAGACAUCGAUUAUAGAGAAUGAAAGAGAAACCAUCACUUUCUUUGCACAUGAUGACAGCAACUUUCCUGCUCAGACGGGCCCGCAAGCCUUCAAGAUACCCUACUCCAUUCGGCAGAGGAUAUGUGCCACUUUUGACACACCUAGCUCCAAAGGCAAAGACUGGCAGAUGUUAGCACAGAAAAACAGCAUCAACAGGAAUUUGUCUUACUUUGCUACCCAGCGCAGCCCAUCUGCUGUCAUUUUGGACUUGUGGGAAGCCAGGCAUCAGCACGAUGGCGACUUAGACUCUCUAGCCUGUGCCCUGGAAGAGAUAGGAAGGACACAGCCCAAAAUCUCUAACCUAACAGACACUCAAAUCGAAGAGUCCAGCUUCAGCUACAGCAGACAGAACGGACUUUAG